GGAUGACAGCAAUAAAGAAGUUCACCUCCAUUUGUAAUAAUAAAACCAGCACCACCACCAUUUGUGGCGACGACGUGAGGGCUUCUCCGCGUGACUUCCGGCCAAUGCUUCCUUCCACCACACACACACUCUCUCUCUCUCUUACUUUUACUUUGGAGUUGUUAGAAGCUGUGAGUAGAAGAAUCACUCACUCACACUAGUUAUCCGCCCAAAAUCAAGCUGCUUCAAUUCAAUUAUUGAAACAGAUCCAUCUCCUACAAUGGCGGCCAAAUCACCGAUUUUGAAGCCUUCUACCCUAGUCAAUAUCGAACACAAGAGAGAUGCUUAUGGUUUUGCAGUGAGACCACAACAUGUACAGAGAUACCGUGAAUAUUCAAGAAUAUACAAGGAGGAAGAAGAGGAACGAUCUGAUAGGUGGAAGGAUUUUCUUCAACGACAAUCAGAGUCGGCUCAAUUAUCUGAUACUGGCUUACAUACAGAGGAAACUAACGCCACAAACGGAGAUGAAUCGAGUGACAAGAAACCUGAUCAAAAUGAACAAAUAUGGUCUCAUAUUAGACCAUCUCUUCGAGUCAUCGAGGAUAUGAUGAAUGCCCGUGUUAGAAAGAAGAUUGAUCUUGUAAAAGCAUGUAAUGAAGAGGAUUCAGAAGAAGAAUUUUACGAUUUGGAGAGGUCAGAAUCAGACCCAGCUCAGAAUGUUCUGUCAAGUGAUGGUUUAAAUAACCAAACUGCGUAUAUAGAAUCGUCGGUUCCUUGGAAAGAAGAGUUGGAAUGCCUUGUUCAGGGGGGAGUUCCAAUGGCUCUUAGAGGAGAGCUCUGGCAAGCAUUUGUGGGUGUGAAGGCACGCCACAUUCCAAAAUAUUAUCAAAAUCUUUUGGAUUCUGAUACAAAUAAUGAUAAUAGUAAGACAUCAACUACCGCACCUGUAUGCUUAUCUGAGAAAUGGAAAGGGCAGAUUGAGAAGGACUUGCCUCGAACGUUUCCAGGUCAUCCUGCAUUAGAUGGCGACGGUAGAAAUGCUUUGAGACGUUUACUGACUGCAUAUGCUAGACAUAAUCCCUUGGUUGGUUACUGUCAGGCCAUGAAUUUCUUUGCUGGAUUGUUACUGCUGCUGAUGCCUGAAGAAAAUGCCUUCUGGGCUUUGUUGGGAAUUCUUGAUGAUUAUUUCGAGGGCUAUUAUUCAGAGGAAAUGAUCGAGUCUCAGGUUGAUCAACUUGUGUUUGAGGAGUUGGUGCGUGAGCGGUUUCCUAAACUUGUUAAUCAUCUAGAUUACCUCGGGGUGCAAGUAGCCUGGGUCUCUGGACCGUGGUUCCUUUCGAUAUUUAUGAAUAUGCUUCCCUGGGAAAGUGUUCUUAGAGUCUGGGAUGUGCUUUUAUUUCAUGGAAACCGUGUUAUGCUGUUUCGAACAGCCCUUGCUUUGAUGGAGUUGUAUGGACCCGCGUUAGUUACAACGAAAGAUGCUGGAGAUGCCAUCACAUUGCUGCAGUCACUGGCUGGAUCAACGUUCGAUAGUAGUCAACUUGUGUUGACCGCUUGCAUGGGUUAUCAUAAUGUAAACGAGUCUAGAUUGAAAGUUUUGCGAAAUAAACAUAGACCAACUGUAAAAGCGGCGCUAGAGGAAAGAUUAAAGGGACUUCGGAUGUUGUGUGGUUCCAAAGAAGAUAAAGUGGACCAUACAGGGGGAAAAAUGUCAAAUGGUGAAUUGUCGAGGAUGAAUUCUGAGUCUUCCAAUGGCGAUGAACCGUAUUUAGGCGUAUCAGCGGAUGCGGAGAUUGAUUCUGCUUCAGAUCUUCAAGAACAGAUCUUGUGCUUAAAGAACGAGUUGUGCUUGGUACUAGAGGAAAAACGAUCUUCGACACUCAGAGCUGAGGAGUUGGAAAUUGCUCUAAUGGAGAUGGUCAAACAGGAUAACCGACGCCAAUUGAGUGCAAAGGUUGAACAAUUAGAGAGAGAUGUUGCUGAGCUACAGCAGGCCCUUGCUUGCAAACAGGAACAGGAGAAUGCCAUGCUUCAGGUUCUGAUGAGAGUAGAGCAAGAACAAAGGGCAACGGAAGAUGCUCGUGUAUAUGCCGAGCAAGAUGCUGCAGCCCAGAGAUAUGCCGUUAACAUGCUUCAGGAAAAAUACGAAGCAGCAACUUGUUCCCUUGCUGAAAUGGAGGAGAGACUCGUUAUGGCAGAAUCGAUGUUGGAGGCUACGUUGCAGUACCAAUCUGGCCAACAUAAAGCACCGUCUUCCCCAAGAACAAAUCAAGAGCUCUCACAAGAUACGCGUGCAAGAAAAGUCAGUCUGUUAUCUAGACCGUUUGGACUUGGGUGGCUCGACAAGAACAAGGAGAAGUUGGCUGAAGACACCAAUGGCCAUCAAAUGGGGGAGGUAUCACUGGGAUGAUGAUAAACUAUAUACCUAGUUACAGCUAGAAUGGUCAAAGGUUUCAUAUCUUUGCUGUUAUUACUUGUACCUCAUGCAUUGGAAGUCAUACCUGACUAUACUUUUAUUAUUGGUUCACAAGAAGUACAAGUUGGUGGCAUUCUUUUUUACACAUUUGCAUUCACCAAUGUAAUGCUUUAUAUAUAUAAUAUAUAAUGAGCUGGAAAUCUGUAUCAAGAUAUUGAUCAUAUCACAAUGUGACAUUUAUUAAAAGUUGUUGAUUGCAGUGGCAUAUUCAUAAA